AUGGGAGGGUACAUUGAUGAUAACGUAGGCGUACGUAAAGUAUUUUAUUCUUUUAUGGUGCUCUCGGUUGAUCCCGUUAAUGAAGCGGAUGCGCUUGAGGUCUUUCUUUGCCGUAAAUGUAUCCAAAAAGAGGAUUUUGUGCCUUGGCGACUUUACUUGUUACUGCUACCGAAGAUGGUUCAAUCAGAACGUAUUGAUCUCAACUACAUGAACAGAUGCAAGAAGUACCUUUUGACGCCACAAGACAAACAAGAUGCAUUUGAACGUCAGUAUUACCAUGUUUAUGCCACCAGAUUAGAGGCCUUGAAGCCGAGGAUCAUGGAAGGCGGAAAGAAUAUGUUAGGUUCCGAUAUUGAGUAUAAACAGCUUGAGGACCUGGAGAUGUAUGAAAAAGCCUUCGUUAUUGGAACCAUCGAAAAAAGGAUCAGCAAAAGACCUGGCGUGCUGAAGGAGAUUGCUGAAGAAGAACUUAUUCUUCCAGAGGAUUACGAUGGCGAUGAAAUGAUGUCUAUCGUAUCAAACAAAGACUUUCUCGAAUUCGAAGACGAAAAACAAAUAGUCAAAUUGGAGGGAAACAUCGCUAUGGAUGAUGUGGCAACAGGUUGUACUGUAGGGCUGUAUGGAUCUCAGGUUAAAUCUGAUGUGUUCAACGUUGAGCAAAUAAUUUGGCCAACACCAUGCCCUCAGCGUCCAUGGCCAUCCACGAAAACAGGAGGCGUUGUUGCGUUCAUCUCAGGAUUGGAACUUACCGGCGACGCUGUCAAUGACGCGGCUGUUACCACAGCUUUUGAGCUGAUGUCUCGUUGGCUAAACGACGAAAUUUCCGAUCAUAUUGAUCAGACGUCAAUUUGUUCUCGAAUAGAACGGCUUGUUGUGUUGGGAGAGAGUAUUGCAAUUGGACAGGCACAAGAAUUUGCAUCCGCCGUUCACUAUCUCAACCUCACAUACAAGGAAGCUUCAUCGAAUGUUGAAACUAUCGCUAUACUGGACACCCUCCUCAGCCGAGUAUCGAAUAAAGUGAAAGUUGAUCUGGUACCGGGAAUUGGUGAUCCAUGUAUGCAGCAGAUGCCUCAACAACCUAUUCAUCGUGCUUGUCUGCCUCGAACUUCCGCUAGUGGUGCUGCUCUCUCUUUGGUUACUAAUCCAUAUGAGUUUACGCUUGGCGAUCUGGAUUUUCUAGCUACCUCAGGUCAAAAUAUCUCUGAUCUUCGUCGUUUGAGUGCUGUUAGCUCAAGUUGUGAUCUUAUGAAGCACAUCCUUUGCUGGCAGCACAUCGCGCCUACUUGUCCUGACACAAUUGAUGGAUUUCCCUUUGAUAAGAGAGAUCCACUCAUACUUGACGGUGCAUUUCCUCAUAUCCUUGUCGCCGGAAACCAGCCGUUACCAGAAUCUCAGUGGUAUGAAGGGCAGAACGGAGAAAAAUGUCUCAUGAUUUCUGUACCUCGUUUCUCAAAAACUCAACUUCUUGUUCUUCUUGACCUCGACAACAUGGAUGUUAUGUUUGAGCAUUUCUCAACUGAAUAA